AUGCAAGUGUUAGCAACGUUGUUCCUGGCGUCCGUGCUUGGUGGUGUUCGGGGAGUGAUUCGGACACCGUUGGAGGCGUUUAGGCCCUCGGGAGAAAUACAUUUAAGGAGACCGGACAAACUGCCACUUUUGCCACAUAAAAGAACAACGAUCCAGGCGAAGAGUGGUCUCAAGAUAUUGUAUCAGAUUGGAACAUCAAAAUUGUAUACAUUUGACAGUACAAUUUUUAUUCGACGUUGUUUACUGUUCGUGAAAUCAUUAUGGCGUUGUUGGCGUGUGUUGGAGGGAUCCGAGGAGGAUCUUCCGGACUGCAGGGCGAGACAGGUGUGUAGCAAAGUGGAUCUUUACGACACAACGCAACCUUGGAUCGAAAGAAAAUGUCGAUGCUUGGGGCAUAAGCCGUGUUCUAGUGACUUGUCAGCGGAUGACAACCAUACGUUAGCCGAUAAAACGACGCUUUACAAAACGUGCGAGCCGAUAAAGCGAUUACCCAAAUGCCGAUACUUCAAAGAUGCUGCCUGGACGAUUUAUUCUUUCCCGGAUACGAACGCAACACAACAGAUAGUCAAUUGUCAUUGUCCAAAAGCCUCAAUGACGUAUUUGCUCAAGAAACUGUCAUACACGACACCUAGCGGAGAACUGGGCAACCAAUACCAGUUUGCUUGCUCACCUCAAAGUAGGUUAAGAUGCUCGAGGAAGGAGCCGUGCAAGUUGUUUAGCGUGAGGCGACGGCACGAGCAGAUAGACGAAGUGAACGCCAGCACAAUUUGCCAGUGUCCCAGGGACCACACGUGUCCAAGGCAUCACACGGAACCGGGAGUACUACCCGGGGUCACGUACGCCGCUGAGGACAUACGCACAUAUCACGGGUAUUGCAUGCCUGAGCCAGAGUUGGACACUUACAGGUUCGUUGGUGAAAAAGACUGA